AUGUGGAAGAGGGGAGAAGAUCGAAUCAGUGGAUUGCCAGAUUGCUUACUUAUCGAAAUCCUGUCUCGUUUGCCCUCCACAAAAGGCGCCAUUAGAACAGGUACACUCUCCAAACGAUGGAAACAUAUUUGGACUUCGAUUCCUUCUCUCUAUUUCAACGAUUAUACACAUAAUCGAUCCGCUUUCUAUUCAUUCAUCGACAAAACCCUAACUCAACGUCUCCAAGUAAAGCUCAAGAAAUUCGAAGUGAAUACCGAUUAUGAUAUUCAAUAUGAAUCUCAAGUCAACAAUUGGAUUAGUUAUGCUGUAAGAUGUAACGUUGAAGAGCUUAAUUUAACGUUAGAGAGUGCUGAAUUUGAAGCUGAGUUUCUGGUAGAUCAAAUCUUUUUCAACAGUUCAUGUUUUACUAAGCUAACAUUAGAAGGCUUCAUAUUUAAUCCAAUUGGGGUGAUUAGUUGGAAAAAUCUUAAGAGUUUGACUAUAUCAUAUGGGAAUUUAGAUGAAGAUUUGGUUGAAAAUAUAUUAUCCGGGAGUCCUGUAUUGGAAACUUUGGUGUUGAGAUAUUGUUAUGGUUAUAGGAGGCUUGAUAUUACUUCAAAGAGUGUUAAAAAUUUGGUGUUCUCUGAAUACAUGGAUCCUGAGGAUGAAUUUGAAGCCGAUAUCAUUGAAAUCAAUGCUCCUAAUAUUCUAUCACUAACAAUCCGAGGUGAAUUGUUGUUGUGGAAGCUUUUGUUGCUAAAUGUGUCUUCUUUAGUGGAAGCUAACUUAGAUUAUAAGAAUGGCGAGACAACGCCUUUAGAAGUGGAAGAAGAGAUGUUUAAAGGAUUUAUAUUAAACCUUCGCCAUGUCAAAGAGCUGAAAAUUGGGGCUUUUUGUUCUAAGGUUCUUUCUCGUUUGGAAGCAAAAGGUUUCGUGUUUCCGUUGAAUUUCAAGUUUCCUGGUGUUGUUCCGCCUUUAUACUAUGAUUCAUGUGACACUGAGAGAUGCUCAUGCUUGACCGUAGCCCUAAAGUUGAUGAGAUUAAUUUAAUGGUGUCACUUUGAGCUCAUGUCUUUAGUUUUUAUGAAAUAUGUUCUCUCUUUUUUGUAAAGUUGCUUCAUUGAUCAUUCUUAUUCGAUUUUCUUUUAUAAAAUUAAUAUUACUGCUAAC